ACAUGGAAAUUGACAACAAUCUGGUAAUUGGAAUACAGGUUGGGAAUGCAGAUAUUCAAAAUCUUAGUAAACCUGUUAGAAUCAUAUUUCCACUGGUGAAUACUCAAGCGAAUGUUGCAAACAGAAGCUGUCGGUUCUGGAACAAAAGGGCAUCUGAAAAGGAAGAGGCUUGGAGCAAGGAGGGAUGCAGUGGAAGUGUAAAUGGCAGUCAAACUGUGUGCGAAUGCAACCACCUCACGUUCUUUGCUGUGCUACUGACUUUACAGGAGAAGAAGCUUUCAGCAAAUGUACUGACGUCUCUGACACUGAUAUCCUACAUUGGCACUGGGAUUUCUGCUAUUUUUACAGCUAUUACAGUCAUUGUCUACUUUUCACAAAGGAAAUUACAAGUUGAUGAUUCCACAAAAAUACACAUAAACCUGUGCAGUGCCUUGUUCCUGAUCAACAUAUCGUUUCUGAUGAACGGGUGGCUGGCUUCCUUUCACAUCAAAUCCCUGUGCAUCCUGAUUGCUGUUAUCAUGCACUACUCUUUACUCUGCUGUUUCACCUGGAUGGGUAUUGAAGGAUUUCACCUCUACUUGCUGCUUGUGAAAGUUUUCAACAUCUAUGUUAGAUGGUAUAUGGUGAAGCUUUGUGUUGUUGGCUGGGGGAUACCUGCUGUUGUGGUGACUGUGGUUGUCAGUCUCCAAAGAUAUGGUAACAUUUCAAUUGAAUCAGAGGAGGAGCAACAAUUCACGGCUGAUAUGUGCUGGUUUACAGUUCGUGAUGCAGUGUACUACAUCACUGUUCACACAUACUUUGCCAUUAUCUUCACAUCUAAUGUAAUAGUAUUUAUCAUAGUAGCAAGAAAGGUUAUUCAGAUGAAGAGACUGAAAAAAGGAUCUGAAGCUUUAAAAAAAGCAUGUACUCUUUUAGCUUUCAGCUGUCUUUUUGGAUUGACGUGGGGACUAGCCUUUUUUAUCGUUGGAGCUUUGACAACACCAAUUUGCUUCAUCUUUACUAUUGUGAAUACACUACAAGGGUUUUUCAUAUUUCUUUGGUACUGUAGACUACAUGGUCCACUGUUCGUGACUAGAGGAAGCUAUGCUGUCAGCCAAGAUUCAGUCACUUCAUUUGCAAUGAGGAAGAAGAGCUCAUUGCAUACAUCUUUGGAUAAUUAAGGAAUGCAUAAAUCUAGCUACAGACUGUACACAUCAGUGAUGAUGAUCUGCUCUCAGGAAAGCAUAUCAUGCCAUCUAUGAUGGGCUCAUUUACAUUUCAUGCUUUAAAGAUACACUGGCAUCUAGCAUGCUUAUUUUAGCACCAUUUUAUGGGCACAUUCCACUUGCUAAGGGUUCAGCAAACCAUUUAGAAAAUUCUGCUAUUUUUUUCUAUCUUUCUUAAUCAAUCUUAUUGUGUCUUCCAUAAUAUGUGGCAUUCAUGAUAUGAGCGCUUGCUGAUUCUUUUAGAUUCUGCCUUAAUACACAAUACAAAGUCAAAGAAAAGUGUUACUCAUUGAGAUCAGUGGGAUUCUGGAAAAUUUUACUCAGUACUGAGUCUCUUCAUAUGACUACCAUGGAUCAUGUUAAACAGUAGGCCAUGCUGUGGUGAAGACCACACACUCUAAAAAUGAGUACGACUUUAUCAAUGCCAAUUGCUGGCUUGCACAGAAUGUGACUAACAGUAAUAAUAGUUAAAGAUGUGUAUUCAAAAAAUGAUGAAGAAUGUAGUAAUGAAAAUAUUUAUGGGGAAGUAAAUGGGAGAAGGGUAGUAAGUUGCCAAAGUAAAAAGAAAAAAAAAAAACAAAGAACUUUGGCUGAGUUUGUUGUUAACACGUGUCUUGUAGCCAUGAGGUAGUGUUAUGAAGCACCACCUUCAGCUUGUUGACUUUUGUUGUGGAAACAGCCUAAAUUAUAUGUUUGCAUUGUUAACUCUACACACAUUCUUGUGGGUUAGUUAAGAUUAGAAGUACAAUAGUAGUGUAGCUGUUUUACACAUACAUUGAGCAUUAUUUUUGUAGAGAGAUGCAAUAUUGCCUUGCAGAUAAAAAAGCAAAAUCAAAAUUAGCAGUUGUCACUGAGUGAAGGAAUUAUCUGCAAUAAUGCAAAAUGUUUUGUUGCAAAACUUUCUGUUUACUAAAAGAAUAUUGAUUUUCAACACUCUGAAUAAUAAUAUGUAUUUACAGGAGGAAAGUAGUGGGUAAUAUCAUUCUUUCACUCUGGGACUCUCAGCGUCUCACAGGUCAAUAAAAAUGUUUUCAUGAAUGUUGAUAGCAUACAGUCGAUACUUGAAAGCCUGAAAAAGUGCCACAGCAUGCAAGUAUUAUUUUUACUGCUAAGUAUGCACCAGACAGCAUCAUACUAAUUUGGAAAUUAUAUGUGUUUUAGGAAGGUACAGUGGAUUAUAUCAUGAGCAAUGAGGACUGGUGAGCAGCAUUAAGUGAGGCAAAGAAAAUGGUGGCUACUUAUUUUUUUCUGUAACAGUGAAGAACCACUUAAUAAAAUGCAACUUGUUGAUCUUUUUUCAAUUA